UUCCAGGCCAGGUUGGAUAAGUGGGAUAGUGGGAGUUGUCCCCGCCCAUGGUGGAGGGGUUGGGACCAGAUGAUCCUUAAGGUCCCUUCCAACCCCUGUGAUUCCGGAUCUCUGGCCUUUCCCCUGUGUUUCUGAGCCCUGACCUGUGGCUUUGUUUCCUCUGUGGUUCCCAGUACAGCGCCGUGGACAGCAACCCCCUGUCCCUGUACGUGAUGCAUCCCUUCUGGAACACCAUCGUCAAGAUCUUCCCCACCUGGCUGGCCCCAAACUUGAUCACCUUCUCUGGCUUCCUGCUCCUUGUCUUCAACUUCUUCCUCAUGGCGUACUUCGACCCGGACUUCUACGCCUCCGCUCCUGACCACCAGCACGUUCCCAACGGAGUGUGGAUCGUUGUGGGGCUCCUCAACUUCAUGGCCUACACGUUAGAUGGAGUUGACGGGAAGCAGGCGCGCCGGACCAACUCCAGCACCCCCCUGGGGGAGCUCUUCGACCACGGGCUGGACAGCUGGGCCUGCGUGUACUUCGUGGUGACCGUCUACUCCACCUUCGGCCGCGGCUCCACCGGCGUCAGCGUCUUCGUGCUCUACCUCCUGCUCUGGGUGGUCUUGUUCUCCUUCAUCCUCUCCCACUGGGAGAAGUACAACACGGGCAUUCUGUUCCUGCCCUGGGGAUAUGACAUCAGCCAGGUGGUGCUGGGUGGGAAGUGCAACAAGCUGGAAGGAGAGUUCAGUGAAUGCAACUGCACUAUAAUAAUUAUAAUAAUAAUCUCUCCUGCCUGUGCUCUCACUGUGACGCUGCCCAUGAGCCUGUACAACUUCUACAAGGCCUAUAAAAGCAACACCUUGAAGCACCACUCUGUGUAUGAGAUCCUGCUGCCCCUCGUGUCCCCGGUGCUGCUGUUCCUGCUCUGCACCACGUGGAUCUUCCUGUCCCCCUCUGACAUCCUGGAGGUCCAGCCCAGGCUCUUCUACUUCAUGGUUGGAACAGCCUUUGCCAACAUCUCUUGCCAGCUGAUCGUGUGCCAGAUGAGCAGCACGCGGUGCCGGCCCCUGCACUGGAUGCUGCUGCCCAUCGCGGCCGCGCUGCUGCUCGUCGCCUCGGGGCUGGCGGCCCACAGCGAGACGCUGCUGCUCUACCUGCUGACGGCCUUCCUCACCCUGGCACACAUCCACUACGGCGUGCUCGUGGUGAGCCAGCUGAGCAGGCACUUCAACAUCCGGCCCUUCUCCCUCAAGAAGCCCACCCCGGACUGACUAGGGCUGGAGGAGGAGAGAGUGGGCCUGCGCUCCGCAGAGGGACUGUAAAUACCUGCUGCAAACCCCUGUAAAUACUUCGGCCAUCCCACAGACCCAGCCUCCUCCCCCUGGACGGGCACCAGGGCCGGGACACGCUGGGGACACUCCCACCCUCCUCUGGCACCACAAAGGGGCUUCGCCUGGAGCUGGAGCAGGAGGAGCCUCCAGGUCACUGCUACUGUAUCUGAGACCAGCUGAAUGUUCCCAGGGAAACGUCCAACUGUAUCUGAGACCAGCUGAAUGUUCCCAGGGAAACGUCCAACGCCGGCUCUUGCUCAGGUAAAGCUGGACGGGGAUGCAAAGGCUUUACCUGAGCAAAGCCCCUCUGGGCCUGUCACCAAAACCAACACGGGGCUCGUUUCUCCCAGGUCGGGGGAACAUCCUGGUGGUCGGGGCAGUUCCUGGCUGUCCCCAGCCCUGCUGGACAGCCCUCGGCCUGGGCUGGUACCUCUGGGGCACAUGGUGACAGCUCUCCCACGUUCUCUCCUGCCUUCCUGCAUUUGGGCAAAUAUUGCACCCUUUUUAAGAAGGGGGGGAAAAAAACCCCCCCAGACACACACAAAACUUGUAGUUAAAUCCUGACUGAUGGGGGGGAGGGCUUAAAAAGUCAGGGCUCAAUUUCCUGUAAGAGUGGGACUGUGGCUUCUGCCUGCCCUGCUCGAGCUGUGGGUGCCUGGGACCACAUCUCAACCACAUCCCUGCCUGUCCGUGUGUGUUCCCAGUCCAGGAAUGGGGUUUGGGCUCCCAGUGGCCAGGGGAAGUGUCUGAGCCCACAGGGCUGAGCUCCCACGUCUUCCUCCCAGCAGGGCUGUGCUGUUGUGGUCGGCUCUGCGGGUCCUUGGCUGCCUGAGCCACCACUCCCAGGCACAGCCCGGCCCUUCCCACCAGCGCUUCCACCGCCUGGAGAAGCACCCGGAGCCUCGUGUUGGUUGUGUGUGCACCUUCAGAGCCCUCACUGGGGGGGGGUGUGGUGGGAACCCUCCCAAAUCCCACUGUCUCCUCGUCCCCGGCGGCCGCGUGUCUCAUCCAGGGAUCUCUUUGUUUACUGUCCGCUUGUCCAAGACGUGUGUGCGUUGAUCUGACUUUUUGUUUUUAUGAUUGAGUUCGAGUGGGGUGGUGAAGACUGAAUGCUGAUUUCCUUUUCCUGUUGGCUUGAUUUAAUGCAGACCUGUGCUUGAAUGAAGAGUGUAGCUUAAAGCCAGGCUCUGGAAAGGCUGCAUCCGGAAGCGAACAAGCACAGCAGAUAGUGCAGGUGUAACUGCCAUGGGAACAAAGUCCUCCAGACUCUGAUUACUGUGCAACGUGGGGCACAACAGCCUGGUCAGGGCGUUUUCCUUCUGCAGGAGGAGGCUCCUGCUGCUCUAGGAAACCUCCGACAUGUGAGUUACAGCAGCAAGUAACUGCUGUCUGAUGGGUUUGCUUUUGUAAAUUGGAAUCACUGUCACGCAGGAGACGAGACUUGAAACCCUGAGGUUGAGCUCGUGAGUUCGUGGGGCUCAACUCGGGGCCACUUGGUCACCCCUUGGUCGGCCCAUGGUCACAUGGUACGGCCUGUGAGGAGCAACUGGGGCCUCCCCCAGGGCUGAGGGAUGAACAGGUACCUCCCCCUGGGCUGAGAAUGAACAGGUACCUCCUCCCUGGGCUGAGGAACAGACAGGUACCUCCCCCUGGGCUGAAAAUGAACAGGUGCCUCCCACUGGGCUGAGGAACAAACAGGUACCUCCCCCCGGGCUGAGAAUGAACAGGUGCCUCCCCCAGGGCUGAGGAACAAACAGGUACCUCCCCCUGGGCUGAG